AUGUGUUUGUUCAGUUGCAUCGCUGGGACCGGCGCGUACGAGAAGAGCGAGCAAUGGCCGAUGGCUUUGGCGAUACUGAGCGAGGUGCGGACGGCAAAGCUGAAGCCUGACCCCUAUCUCCUACAACACUGGGAUCAGUGCGUGCGAGAAGGGCGAGCAGUGGCAGCGGGCGCUGGCGCUGUUGAGCGACAUGUGGAAGGCGAAGGUGGAGGCCAACGUAAUCUCUACAGCGCUGGGAUCAGCGCGUGCGAGAAGGGCGAGCAGUGGCAGCGGGCUUUGGCGCUGUUGAGCGAGAUAUGGCAUGUGAAGCUGGAGCCCAGCAUCAUCUUCAGCUACAAUGCUGGGAUCAGCGCGUGCGAGAAGGGCGAGCAGUGGCAGCGGGCCCUGGCGCUGCUGAGCGAGAUGCGGGAGGCAAAGCUGGAGCCCAGCUCAGCCACAACGCUGGGAUCAGCGCUUGCGAGAAGGGCGGGCAGUGGCAGCGAUCUCUGA